AUGCAUUGUGAUAGCUCGUCGAAAGUUUUAUCUUCGAUGUCGGUAACAUUAUCCCGACAAGGUCACGAUAAUAAUAAUCGGAUAUCUUCAUCUCAAACAAAAUCUUUAAAAUCUCCAAUAAAUCAAUUCUAUUGUAACAUAUGUUUUUGUCCAUUGAUGAUUCAUCAAAAUAUGAAUCGGGCAAGUUUUGUUACUAGUUGUGGUCAUUUCUAUUGUGAACAAUGCGGACAAACAACUUUUCAAGGUCUCAUGCCAACAUGUAAAAUAUGUCAAUGCUCAUCGACAAAUUUAACUUGUAUGGAUUUACGAAAAAAACAAAAUGACGAUGUCGAUGUGAUGAUAUCAUCGAAUAGUCGUGCUCGACGGUGGUUUGAAGAGCAAACAAGGCAUCGAACUUCGGAACAAAUGAUUUCAACAUUAGAUCAACGUAAUGCAUUUCUUAAUAAACAAAAUGAUUUUUGUGCUAAAACAAUUCUUCGGCAAGCCGAUUCAGUACAAUAUCAAGUGCCAUUCGAUAAAAUUUCUGUAUUUGGAAAUAAAAUGAUACAAGAAACGAAACAAGCAUCAGAAUUCUUAUAUAAACUACUUAAUGGAAUUAGUCAAGCCAACAUUCGAUUGACAGCACAACAACAAUUAUUUUGUCAACAAGUUGUUGAACGAUUUAAGACAAAUCAUAGAUGA